GUCGCACUGAGCCAUGGCAAAGGCGAUGGAACUUGUGAAGGUGGCUGCUUUUGCACUGCUGGGAUGGUAUUUGGGCUGUAGGACAUUCACUUUGCCCCGAAGUACAAUCACCAGCUUGCCAGCCGCUGCUGCUCAUGGACAGAGAUCAAGGUCUGCGGUGCGUCUGCGGGCCGAGGAGACCGAGGGCGGCGUGGCCGCGUGGGCGAUUCAAGGACUAUGUGAGCAAACAUCAACCUGCAAAACGGAUAGGAAAAUUGGCUGUGCGCCGACUUCUCCGGGUUCUUUCCACAAGCAUCAAACAGAAGUCCGGGUGGGCCUCAUCCAUAUACCAGGCAUGAUCAAGGAUUUCCGGUCGGCCUUUGAGAAGCUAAAUGUCACCAAUGAGACAUACUUCCAAACCGAGGUACCGGAGGCUUUCCAGCUGCCCUUGGCCACAAAGCUGCUGGCCAUGUCAAACACAGUGGACGUGGUCGUGGUGGUCCAGACCCAUAGGAUCUCAGAACAGGAGCAGGCCGAGAUCUUGCGAGGCUUCCAGACGGUGGCUUUGACCACAAAUGUGCCUGUGGUGCCUUGCAGCCCAAGUUCAGAUUUGGACAGCGUUGCCGACACGGCCGUGCAGAUGGCUGAGAUUCGACAGCAGGCGCUAAUGGGUGGCGGGCCCCGCCGCAGCAUCUUCUUCGGCAUCGGAGCCAACAAGACCGGCGGGGACGCGGGCAAGAAGGGCAAGAUCUACUUCUGACCUUCUGACCUCUGAGUCGUAACGGCAGCAUGCGAACAAUUGUUUAAGUGUCGUAAGCAACGCGAGAGAGCGUGGCAAACCAGACAGAUAGCGGCUGGCUUUUCGUGGGGCUUGCCGGAUUCCGGAUUUUCUGGGCUGUCUGCUUAGAUGCAUGAAGCAAUCUCAGCAAGGUCCAUUUCCUUGUCGGCAAAGUUAGAAUCAAAAGCGAAGCAAGGCUGUUUGGGACGGUGCGGGAGCAGCAAAAGGGCGUCCCUUCUGGCGAACCGCUGGGGCUGGUGAGUUCCAGAUGGACGCGCAUAUUCAGUUUCCCCUUUGUGGAAGAUAGAGACUCGAGGCUGUCGAGCCUCGGUACGAAAUUUUCGAAAGCUUUGGCCGUCUGACUGCACACGGCAGUAUUCACUCUCUCAUCUUGGAGCC